AUGACGGACCGAGAUUAUGCGCCGUUGAGCUCGGCUUGUGUCCGAGGACUAUGCGAUAAAUUAUAUGACAAAAGAAAAUUUGCAGGCGUUGAGAUAGAAAAAAUGGUGAAGGAUUUCAACGAUGCGAAUAAUACAAGUCAAAUAAAACGUCUUAUUCGUGUGCUCGGUCAAGAUCUCAUGUCAUCCACAAAUCCCAAUGUUAAGAAUGGAGCUCUCAUGGGACUCUCGUCUGUUGCGGUCGGAUUGGGAAAGGGAAGUGUAGAUUAUAUGGGAGAAUUGAUUCAUCCAAUUAUAGCCUGUUUGGGCGAGAGUGAGGCCAGGGUGAGAUACUCGGCAACAGAAGCAUUGUUCAAUGUGUUGAAGAUUGUGCGCAGUGCCUCACUCACACAUUUCCCGUUAGUGUUUGAUGCAUUGGCUCGACUGGCUGCGGACCCUGAACUACAAGUACGUCAGGGAGCAGAGCUGCUUGAUAAGCUCGUCAAAGACAUAGUGAGUGAGAGUGGUACAGUGGACGUGUCGCUGGUGGUGCCUCUGGUUCGUGAGCGUCUGUACGCGCGCUCGGCGGCGGCGCGCGUGUUCGGUGUGGGCUGGCUGAGCGCGCUGGACGCCUCGCCGGCCCUAGGGCUCCGGGCUCACCUGCCGCUGCUGCUCGACCCGCUGUUCACGGUUCUUGAUGACCCUAACCCGGAGAUUCGGCGCAUGUGUGACGUCCAACUGAACGAGUUUCUCCGAAGCAUCAAGAAGGACCCGUCGGAGGUGGACUUCGAGUCUAUGAUCAACAUCCUCAUCACACACGCACAGUCCACAGAGGAACUGCUGCAGCUGACUGCGUUGACCUGGCUGAAGGAGUUCGUGAACGUGUGCGGGCGACGCGUGCUGCCCUCGGCCUCGGGCGCGCUAGCCGCCGCGCUACCCUGCCUGGCGCUCGCUGAUCACUCCGACAUGAGGACCAAAAUACGUGAAACGGCGGCCGCUGUGAACCAUCAGCUGAUCAAACUGGUCGUGUCGGAUGAAGACUCGCCCGUGGAUGUGAUGAACAAGGGACAGGGGGAGGGGGCACAGAGUAAUGAUGACACAGAGCAAGCGACACAGGGGAGAGAGAAAACAGAGGCCUCUCAGGGAGACGACGCGAGGGGUUGUCUGAACUUGGAGGCGGUGGUGGGGGUGCUGACACAGAUGUUACACCACAGCUCACUACACACCAAGGUCGCGGCGCUCGACUGGAUCCUACAUCUGUAUAACAAGCUACCCAACGAGAUGUUCCUCCAGACGGAGCGUGUGUUCCUGAGCGUGGUAGGCAGCCUCGCGGACCCCGCGGACGACGUGGUGCGGCGCGCGCUGGCCGUCCUCGCUGAGAUAUGUUCCUGCCACACCGCUACCACCGCUGCCACCACCACCACAAGUGACACCGUCACCACAACCACAAGUGACCUUGAAUCCAGUCCGUACUACCACAAAUUCCUCAAAGCUCUGCUGAGACUGCUCGCAGCUGACGAGAAUCUGCUAGAAGAUAGAGGAUCGUUCAUCAUAAGACAGCUGUGCGUGCUGGUGGGCGCGGAGGCGGUGUACCGCGGCGUGGCGCUGUGUGUCCGCGGGGAGCGCGACCUGCGGUUCGCGGCGCGGCUGGUGGACGUGCUGGACACGCUGCUGCUCACGGCCGCCGAGCUGCAUCACCUGCGACGUAGUCUGAGAGCCUUCGCCGACCCGGCGACGGUGUCCCUGUUCGAGAUUCUGUACGAGUGUUGGAGCCACAGCCCGGUGGCGCUGCUGGCUCUCUGUCUCCUCACACACAACUACAAGCACUGCAACACGCUCAUAUCUACGUUUGGGGACCUAGAGAUAACGGUGGACUUCCUCACUGAAGUCGACAAACUGGUUCAGUUGAUAGAGUCACCGGUGUUCGCCUACCUCCGGCUGGAGUUAUUAGACGACGAGCGCAGUCGCCCGCUCCGCUCGGCUCUGUUCGGACUCCUCAUGUUAUUACCUCAGAGUGAAGCGUUCCACUCCCUCCGUCGUCGGCUGCACUGCGCCCCGCCCCCUCCGCCCCUCACGGCCCGCCCCCCGCACAACGAACCCCCACCUCCUCAGUCGCCUCCCGGUCUUGAUUUCGAUGCCUUACUGGCGACUUUCCAGCGGGUGCAGGCCGCUCACCGUGACUACCGUACUUUAGAAAGACGACUUAGCCGCGCUAAGCUCUUUGAUAGAACGUACUCAUAG